AACAUCGUCGAUUGAAGAAAAAAAAACGUUUCAGAAAAACAAAAUAAGUCAUCUCCUAUUGCCUACGCUGAUCCGCAUAGAGGCGCUCAAUUCCCCCAAAUCCCCCAACCCCCCUUCUCGCCGGCGGUGCCUACUCCGAUCUCGGGCUGAGUUUCUCCGGCCACCGCCGCCCUCAUCCCCGUAUCCAAGGAGGUUCCGGCGUCGAUGCGGACUCGCGUAUCCAGUCGCAGCCGCGUCCCACCACCACGCGCCUGCACCGCAUCUACUCGUCGUCGCCCGGCCGAAGCGAGCUUCACCCUGGCCAGGAGGCGUCGCGUGGACCGUCUCCUGCGCCGGCAGCCGCGGAAGCAGGCAGAUCCCGGCGAGGACCGUGUCAGCGCCCUCCCCGAUGACCUCCUCCUCCUCGUCCUGCGUCGCCUCGACACCCGCGCGGCGCUCGGCGCCGGGCUGCUCUCCAAGCGCUGGGCUGGCCUCCCCCGCGAGCUCCCCGCCCUCGACCUCAGGGUCAGCGACGUACUCCCGCCGCGCUACCGGCGGUGGCUCCUCCGCUACCGUGACAUCUUCAGCAGCGGAACCUUUGCGCUGUACAGGCAUCGCCUCGGGCAUCACGAGUUCGUGCCCAGCAUGACGAGGUACGAGCGCCGCGCCAUGCGCGCCUUCACCAGCUCCGUCGAGGGUCUCCUGGGCUCCCGAGCUCGCCGGAGGGUCAGCAGCCUCAGGCUCGAGUUCUUCAUCACGGGCAACACCGGCUGCGUCAACCGGCUGAUUUCCCAGGCCAUGGAUGCUUGGGGUGUCGACGACCUCGAGGUCAUCGCCCGGCCGACAUUCCGGCAGCAGACCGUGCACGCCUUCCCUAGCCAUGGCCUCUGCUCCUCGCCCCGGUUGUCACGCCUGCAAAACCUCAAGCUUGGGGGCUGUGUCAUCCCGCAUCUGCUGCAUGAGUACCACGCGCUCACUAGGCUCGUCCUGCAAGCCGAGUCACCCCCGGCCGCCUACGAGGGCGUCUUCGCCUCCUGCCCGCAGCUGCAGGUGGUGCACCUCAACUCCUGUCUCUGCGGCGGCAGGGACAUGGUCAUGGUUGUGGAUGCCCCCAGCUCGCAGAUCAGGGAGUUCGUCGUGGACAAGUGUGAAAUAGGAUCAAUAUGGUUGAGGGCUCUUCCCAAUCUGGAGCGUCUGGCAUCCCUGGGCACACACCUGUUCUUCGAGUCCACCGCAUUCCCAUGCCUAAGGCAAUGGAGCCUCGCCCGCCGCCACGGUGUCUCCUUGGAUGGGUUUCGACAACACUUUCGGCAGCACCUGGAGCUUGACUUGUUUCUUGAACACACCCCGGACAUUACCGACCUGAUCAUCCGGUUCACGGGGCCCGACAGAUGGAUCGUGCCAUCUAUCUCACCAUCCGUUUUGUUACCUAACCUGAGGCGGCUGUUGGUCGCUGAUGUGCCUUCGUCCUGGGACGUCUCUUGGCCCCGUCUUCUCUUUGAGACGGCGCCUUGCCUCGAGAGUUUUCACAUCCACAUUGCCUCUUGCAUGGAGGAGCCCAGUCCCAGUGAAGAAAUAUCCUGGUGUCCGACAAAGUUUCGGCAGCAUCGCUUGAAGGAGUUUGUGAUGGCUGGUUUUGAGGCAACAGAAAGGCAGAUUUACCUUGUCAAGUUUGUCAUGGCCGUAUGCACGGCGUUGCGUCAUGUCAGCAUGUUCAAGAAUGGGCAUGUUCAGGACAAGGGGCACUGGGAAUGGGAGAUGGUGACACAGCAACACUCAUGGACUGAGGAGGACAAGGACGACACGCUCAAGCAGAUUAUGGGCACGGCAUCUUCAACAGCAGCUCCGGUUCAACUGGUUUUAGGCUGAUCAUCGUGUGUUUGUGCCUGUCUUAUGAUCCUCUCAUAAUGUAUUCCACAUCUCUGUUUUACUCGAUGUGAUUUAUAAUAUAUUACUCAAAUAAUGUUUUUGUUUGUUA